UUAGCUUCUGGGGGAGGCUGCUCCAGUACUGCCUCCGCCACCGCUGCUACCACAGCAAGGUCCCUCUGUCCUGGAGUCUUUCGUGCACACCCCCCCCCACCAGACAAGCACCCAUUCAGAUCGUUCAGCUGGCAGACCCAGAAAGGACAGCCAGAGCUGAGCUCAGGAGAGGCAGGCUCCACCUCCCAUCGCUUGUAUCCCAGGUAGACCCUGAGUGCCGCCCUCCAGCCCUGCCUCCUCCCACCCAAGUCCUUGCUUAGCGGAUGCUCCCAAGUGUAAUUGUGAUUGCAAGAUUGCACAUAGUGCUGACUUACUUGAAAGCAUCUUGGGGAGCUGCAGAGGGUGUGAGAGCAGCUUGGAGAGGUGGGAACCCUGGCUGCCGAUGGCUUCAGCCAGCGAGAGUGUGGAAGGCUCAUUCCAGGAAAAGUGGAAUAAUCACCGUAUUGGCUGGCUUUCAGGCGGGUCCUCAGUGAAUUCUGUCAUGGUUAUUUAAGGAAUCUUGCCUAGGAAGUCCCCACAAGCACGCAGUUCCCUGCCGCCGGGAAGGCGUGGACUCCAAGAUGAUCAUAAAGGAAUACCGGAUCCCCCUGCCAUUGACCGUGGAGGAAUACCGCAUCGCCCAGCUGUACAUGAUACAGAAGAAAAGCCGCAAUGAGACCUAUGGACAAGACAGUGGCGUGGAGAUCCUGGAGAAUCGGCCCUACACAGAUGGUCCUGGUGGCUCUGGCCAGUACACCCACAAGGUGUAUCAUGUGGGCAUGCACAUCCCUGGCUGGUUUCGCUCCAUCUUGCCCAAGGCAGCCUUGCGGGUGGUGGAGGAGUCCUGGAACGCCUACCCCUACACCCGAACCAGGUACACCUGUCCCUUUGUGGAGAAGUUCUCCAUUGACAUUGAAACCUUUUAUAAGAAUGACACUGGGGAAAACAAUGAUGUGUUCAGCCUGUCUCCUGGGGAAAAGAACCAACUGAUAACAGACAUCAUCGACAUCGUCAAGGAUCCUGUGCCUCCCAGUGAGUAUAAGACUGAAGAAGACCCCAAGCUAUUCCAGUCAGUCAAGACUCAUCGGGGGCCUCUCUCUGACAAUUGGAUUGAGGAGUACAAGAAGCGGCUCCUCCCCAUCAUGUGUGCCUACAAGCUCUGCAAAGUGGAGUUCCGAUACUGGGGCAUGCAGUCCAAGAUAGAAAGGUUCAUCCAUGACACAGGCCUGCGGCGGGUGAUGGUGCGGGCCCACAGGCAGGCCUGGUGCUGGCAGGAUGAGUGGUACGGACUGAACAUGGAGAACAUCCGAGAACUGGAAAGGGAAGUACAGCUUAUGCUGUCCCGAAAAAUGGCCCAGUUUGCAGAGGAAGAAGGAGUGUCAGAGCUCUGCAAGGACAGCACCACUCAGGACCAAGCAUCUGGAGCAACCUCUGAACCCAGCGGCAGCAAUGGGGAGUCCCUGGGGCGGGGCCUGAAGAAGCAGUGGUCCACCUCCUCCAAGUCCUCAAGGUCCUCCAAGCGGGGAGCCAGCCCCUCGCGACAUAGCAUCUCAGAGUGGAGGAUGCAGAGUAUCGCCAGGGACUCCGACGAAGGCUCGGAUGAAGAGUUCUUUGAUGCACAAGAGGACCUGUACAACCAGGAAGUAUUCCCCAAGGACAUCACUAAGUGGAACUCCAAUGACCUCAUGGACAAAAUGGAGAAUCCAGAGCCUGAGGACCCACAGGACGGCCUAUACCACCAGAGUGGGCCUGAGUUCAGGGUGGCCUCCAGUGUGGAGCAACUGAACAUCAUCGAGGAUGAGGUGAGCCAGCCACUAGCCGCUCCACCCUCCAAGAUUCAUGUGCUGCUGCUGGUGCUGCACGGAGGCACCAUCCUGGACACUGGAGCCGGGGACCCCAGCUCCAAGCAGGGCGACACCAAUACUAUCACCAACGUGUUCGACACUGUCAUGCGUGUGCACUACCCCAGUGCCCUAGGCCACCUAGCCAUCCGCCUGGUACCCUGCCCACCCAUCUGUGCUGACGCCUUCGCCCUUGUCUCCAACCUCAGCCCCUACGGUCAUGAUGAGGGCUGUCUGUCUAGCAGCCAGGACCACAUCCCCCUGGCUGCCCUGCCCCUGCUGGCCACUUCUUCACCGCAGUACCAGGAGGCAGUUGCCACAGUGAUUCAGCGGGCCAACCUGGCCUAUGGAGACUUUAUCAAGUCUCAGGAAGGUGUGACCUUCAGUGGGCAGGUCUGCCUGAUUGGAGAUUGUGUUGGGGGCAUCCUGGCAUUUGAUGCCCUAUGCUACAGUGGCCAGCCAGUGUCUGAAAGUCAAAGCAGCAGCCGCCGGGGCAGCGUGGUCAGCAUGCAGGACGCUGACCUGCUGUCCCCGGGCAUCCUGGUGAAUGCAGCACACUGCUCCAGUGGUAGUGGCGGUGGCAGUGGCAGUGGCGGAGGCUCCAGCCUGGAGAGUAGUCGGCACCUGAGCCGAAGCAACAUUGACAUCCCCCGCAGCAAUGGCACCGAGGACCCCAGAAGGCAGCUGCCCCGCAAAAGGAGCGAUUCAUCCACCUAUGAGCUGGACACCAUCCAGCAGCACCAGGCCUUCCUGUCCAGCCUCCAUGCCAGCGUACUGAGGAAUGAGCCCAGCUCCCGCCGCUCAAGCAGCUCCACGAUGCUGGACGGUGCCGGGGCCCUGGGCAAGUUUGACUUCGAGAUCGCCGACCUCUUCCUCUUCGGGUGCCCGCUGGGGCUAGUCCUAGCCUUGAGGAAAACUGUCAUCCCCUCCCUGGACGUUUUCCAGCUUCGGCCAGCUUGUCAACAAGUGUACAACCUCUUCCACCCCGCGGACCCUUCAGCCUCCCGCCUAGAGCCGCUGCUGGAGCGGCGCUUCCACACCCUGCCACCCUUCAGCAUCCCCCGAUACCAGCGCUACCCGUUGGGGGAUGGCUGCUCCACACUGCUGGUCGAGACCGUGCAGAGAAACCCAGAACUGGUCUUGGAGGGCGGCCCCCUGGCCCCCCUCCCCCACGGGGACAGCUUCCUGGAGACCAGUGUCCCCGUUCCCGCGCUCACCUGGCAGGAUGGGCCCCGCCAGAGCCUGGGCUGUGCUGAGUCGGAUGCACUCCAGACCCACAACAUAGUCUUCCAAGAGCAUGCAGCCCCCUCAUCGCCUGGCAUGGCCCCUGCUAGCCGUGGUUUCCGCAGAGCCAGUGAGAUCAGCAUUGCCAGUCAGGUGUCGGGCAUGGCUGAGAACUACACAGCGUCCAGCAUUGCCCAGAAGGGUCCCUCGUCACUCAGCCACACCCCCAGCGUCAGGCGCCUAUCCUUGCUCGCCCUGCCCCCCCCAUCCCCUACCACCCAGGGUCCCCGUGCCAGGGCAAGGCAGGUGAGCGCCAACCUGGAGAGGUUCCCCUGCCUCCCUGACUUGGACAUCGGAGAAGUCGCUGCCAAGUGGUGGGGCCAGAAGCGGAUUGACUAUGCCCUGUACUGCCCCGACGCCCUCACGGCCUUCCCCACGGUGGCCCUGCCGCACCUCUUCCACGCCAGCUACUGGGAGUCCACUGAUGUCGCCUCCUUUCUCCUGAGACAGGUCAUGCGGCACGACAGCUCCAGCAUCCUGGAGCUGGAUGGCAAAGAGGUGUCGGUAUUCACACCGUCCCAGCCCAGAGAGAAGUGGCAGCGCAAGAGGACCCACGUGAAGCUGCGGAAUGUGACAGCCAACCACCGGAUCAAUGAUGCAGUUGCCAAUGAGGAUGGCCCACAGACUGUGACAGGCCGGUUCAUGUAUGGGCCCUUGGACAUGGUCACCCUGACUGGGGAGAAGGUGGAUGUGCACAUCAUGACGCAGCCACCCUCAGGUGAGUGGCUGUACCUGGACACUCUGGUGACCAAUAGCAGCGGGCGUGUCUCCUACACCAUUCCAGAGACACACCGCCUGGGGGUGGGCGUCUAUCCCAUCAAGAUGGUGGUCAGGGGAGACCACACAUUUGCCGACAGCUACAUCACCGUGCUCCCCAAGGGUACAGAGUUUGUGGUCUUCAGUAUUGAUGGCUCCUUUGCUGCCAGUGUGUCCAUCAUGGGCAGCGACCCCAAGGUGCGCGCCGGAGCUGUGGAUGUGGUGCGACACUGGCAGGACCUGGGCUACCUCAUCAUCUAUGUGACUGGCCGGCCCGACAUGCAGAAGCAGCGGGUGGUGGCAUGGCUGGCUCAGCACAACUUCCCUCACGGUGUGGUGUCCUUCUGCGAUGGCCUGGUACACGACCCGCUGCGGCACAAGGCCAACUUCCUGAAGCUGCUCAUCUCUGAGCUGCACCUGCGCGCACAUGCGGCCUACGGUUCCACAAAGGAUGUGGCCGUCUACAACUCCAUCAGCCUGUCUCCCAUGCACAUCUACAUUGUGGGCCGGCCCACAAAGAAGCUGCAGCAGCAGUGCCAGUUCAUCACAGAUGGCUACGCGGCCCACCUGGCCCAGCUCAAGUACAAUCAUCGGGCACGUCCAGCCAGGAACACAGCCACACGCAUGGCCUUGCGCAAGGGCAGCUUCGGCCUACCGGGCCAGGGUGACUUCCUGCGCUCCCGGAACCACCUGCUGCGCACCAUCUCAGCCCAGCCUGGCGGGCCCAGCCACCGGCACGAUCGGACACAGAGCCAGAUGGACAGUGAGCAGCGCGGCCAGCGCAGCAUGAGUGUGGCGGCCAGCUGCUGGGGCCGCACCAUCACAGGCCGGCUGGAACCAGGGGCAGCCACAGGACCCAAAUAGGACACCGUUAGGAGCCGCUGUGGUCUCCAUGGUGCUAGGCCAGGGCACCGGCCCCACUGGGAGGCCUGGCCUGGGCACACAUAGGUGGCUGGGGACAGGCACAGACAUGGCUGAGAGCUUGUCCCAGGACCCCGUGGGAGACAUGGCCAUGCCAGCACAGUCCUCCCAGCCUUGCCUCACGCCCUAGGCUCUGAGGAGCCCAGCUUGUCAUGGAAGCUGGCAGGAUAUCCAGCCCGUGUUAGAAGAGGAACCAGGAUGAGCCCGGGAGGCAUUCCUGGACAUGUUGCCCUGUGUUGAUCCUCAGUCUCCUGGUGCCAGGCGUGGGUCUGAGCCCAGCCUGCCACCUCUUUGUUCACCGGCGCCCCUUCCCACUCGGUAGCAGCUCCAGUGGGGGUCCAGCCUGCUCCCUGUUGACUCCAGGUCUCAACUGUCCAACCUCACUGGUUUUGCACUGGUUUUUGAGAGUGGAGACCCGUUACCAUCUCUUCUGGCUCCAGACAUGUUGACAUGCAUGAAACCCAGUAUCUGCUGAUCCAGGACCUGUCACUACACAGAAUACUGCAGUGUGGCAAAUCUUCACCCAAGCCGGAGAGAAAGGCUGUAUCUUAACUUCUGCCGCUUGCCUGGCCUGCCAGCACCGUGGCAGCCCCAGACUGCUGCCCACCCGUCCACCUGCCCUAUCCAGAGCUCAGUGCAGUCACAGGGCUGGUGUCCCUCCAGGCCCUGAGCACAGCACGGGCUGGAGGCCGGCUCCUGGUAAUCCACCUUGGGCAGCUGGGCCUGCAGCCGCCCGGCCCCCACCUCCACCUCCUCGCCUGCCGUGGGCUGGGGCCCCAUGCCAUGGCUGCUGCCCGUCGCGUUUCUACGCCUUUCUACUUCUCCAUCUGGUUUCUAUAAGGUUUUUUUUAACAGGCACUCCUCGGCUGCUUCCUUUCUUAACUCAGUGUCAGUGCAGCCUGCUACGUUAGGACACCCACACUGUGACAGGGUCCCACUCAGUCUGGGCUGUGGGCCCUGCACCUGGUCCACUCGGCAAGGUGUGGGCUUCUCGCCUCACCUGACCCACAAUUCCACCAACUUCCUACUCUGGGGCAGGUGGAGUUCUUAGGUUUUCUUAAUGCCAUUCCGUUGAAUGUCUACUCCAAGGAGCCACAGCUUGCUGUGUCAGCUUAAGGGCAGACAGCCAUUUUAUUUCUCCCCAAACAAGGACAGGUGUCCCACAUGCUGGGUCUGAGCCCUGCCUUCCCCACAGCACUGAGCACAAUUCCACUGCACCUUCCCUGCGCUGGCUGAGUCCACCCGGCUCAGGCCAGCUGUCCAGCGACGGGGCUCUGUGCCUCAGGAGCUGCCAAGCUGGGCUCAGACUCAGGGCCGAGCGGCUAGGCUUGUAGGUGUGCAGGAGAGACGCAUACAACACAGGAGUGGUGCCCCGCCGCGUGGGCCCAGACAGAAAGAAAGCUAUUUAUUUUGUGCAGAGGAAAAAAAUGUCUGGAGAGGUGAGACCUUCAUGGUCUUCCUUUAAGAUGUGGCUUUGUUGUGUCAAGUUCUAUAUAAAGCAGUGAUUACUUUAUGGACCAAGACUCCAUGACCUGUCACGGUGAAAGUGCAAUAUCUGCUCCUCCCCCCUAAGGAAGCUGCUGGCUGACAAUCACUGCCCCGCUAGGGGUCCCAGUAGCCAGUGCCUCCUGCCUCAGCCCCGCCCGUCUUGCCUCAGCCUAGAUGACCAGCCGCUGGGAGAAGCACCUGGAAGCCUCAGGCCACCUGCAAUAAAGGCCAGGGAGGCCCUGGGGUCAGCGGGCUUGGUCUCUCCCCCUGGGCAGCCGCCUGUGGCUCUGAAUGCCCCUGCCUGCCCAGCCGCCAGCCAUGCCAAGGAUAACAGCAAUAGUCCCCUGGGGCUCUCCCAGGGCCCUUAGCCAUAGAUGGUGAGACGGGCAGCCUCCCCUCAAACCUCGCUCAAGUCUGCUCUCUGCUUCCCCUAAGAUUCCCUUGGCUAAUUCUCUUAAGGAAGCCCCACUUUACAAAGACUAAGAGAGGAAGGUCAAAGUCCCUUAAAAAUACCAAAAAAUGUUUACAGUGUCAGGUGCUGAGCUGCAGGGCUCAGGCCUGGCCAUCCGUAACCAAAGGGUGAGGCAGACCUUGUCACCUGCCGCCCACCCCAGGCCUGUUAGAGUAGAAGCCUUAGUCACCCCCUCCCCAUCCAGUCCCCAGGACUGAGCCUCAAUGCCACCCAGCACCAACCACCUGCCUUCUCUUUGAUUUCUAAAGGAGGAUUCAGCAAAGCACCCCACCCCACCCUGGUUCUGUGUGAGCUGCCCUCCACCCUACCCCGUGACAUCUUCACGUCUCAGCCCCUCCUGUGUGUCCUUGUGCCACCUGUUUCUCUGGACAGUGUGUGAGCCGUGUCCUGACCCCACCCACGCUGUCCCUGCAUCGUCUGGCCUGAGUGUGCUCUCUGUAUACCGUGUCACUGUCUGUUAACCAAUUAAAGAAGCAGGAGGCUUC